AUGGCUGAAUGGUGUGCCGAAAAUUUGCGCGAUUGUCAGGUUUCAUCCAGCAAGAAAAAUAAUUUUGCCAUUUUUAUUAUUUUUUUGAAUCAGCCGGCAUGGCGAGCGGAAGGUAUCCAAAUAUCGACAAGCUCCAACGAAGCAGCUCGUUUGUACGAUGGUCUCCUGCGGCAAUAUGUAUCCUGGAGCGAUUGCGAAAAGCUUGGUGGAAUGGAUAAGACGCACAAUAAAAUGAUUGAAGCCGAACCAGACGCUAUAAUGAGUCGAGUGAUAUCACUGGGCUUGGAAGCAAUGGGAACAGGGAGAUCGUUGCGUCUGGAUGAAGAAUAUCGAAACGAACUGCAGCAGCUGCUUAAAGAUGCGCUAAAACGUGGUACCGAGCAUGAAAAGAAGCAUGCAAAGGCUGUUCACAUCAAAAUGGUGGCAGCUUGUGAGCAGUGGGAGGAAAUACUGAGGGAGACACCGAACGAUAUGUUAGCCGUGAAAUUUGCGCAUGAUGCGUACUUUUACCUGGGUGACAAGGAAUCUAUCCGAGACAGUAUUGCCCGUGUGUUUCCCAAGUGGAAUACUUCUGCGCCUUGCUACAGCUACCUGCACGGAAUGCAUGCAUUUGGACUGGAGGAAUGCGGGCAGUACGAAGAAGCUGAGAAGCAAGCAAGAAAAUUUUGA